AUGAGUGUCCUUUUCCGGGUUGCGGCUACCGCGCUCGUACUGAUAGCCGGCUGUCGCAGCACAAGCUCGUCCACGGCGAAGGUCGUCGUUACCCUUGCGAUUACUGUGAUUACAGUGCAACCACUUCUUCUAAUUUGCGAAGACACGCUCGCCUCCACGCCGGAGCCAAGCCCUAUUUGUGUCCACAUUGUCCUCAUCGUACAUGUGACAUACAUGCCCUUGCGAAACAUGUCCUCGAAUCCGGUAGACAUCCCGGUCUCCCUUUGUACGUCUGCCCUUGGUGCUCACAAAGUGAUCAAGGAUCCAUUCCUCCUGGCAUCAAAUGCGUCGGAUUUAACGCAACAAGUCUGGCGUGGCGUCAUCUUAUAA